GGAGCUGACAUGCAGAAUGUACCGGAUGAGUGGAGGGAAGGACGGGAAGAUGAGAGGCACGCGAAGGAUGGGGAGACGUUAGUCAAGAGGAAAGUGGAUUCAGAAGAGAUGAAUGGAGAGUCGAGGAAGAAGGAGAACGGAGUUGAAGAGGUGGAGGUCUCAGAGAAAGAGUCGCUGAUGAUGGAGCUGACCAGGCUGGUGCAGAAGAUGGUGAGAGAGAGCAGCUGGUGGGAGAGGAGGGGGAUUGAUUGCAGCAUCCUGGCAGCAGCGUUCCUCUGUCUGCCACCCGCCUUCCUGCUGCUGGCCUCCGCUCAGCUCCUGUGGUUUUCGGCGGGCAUUCUGCUAAUGGGCGUGGCUCACGCCGUCAUCACCAUCAAGGGGACACAUCUGGCCAGCCACGGGGGGCUGAGCGAGUCGCAGGCCUGGGCGAAGUUCUGGGCCAUCUUCUUCAUCGAGAUUUGUGGCUCGUUCUCAGCGCGAGCCGGCGUGCAAGGCCACAUUAAGAUGCAUCAUGCUCAUACUAAUGUCAUUGGACUGGGUGACUCCAGCGUAUGGAAGGUCCCCUUCCUGCCUCGCAUUGUCUACCUGUUCAUAGCUCCCUUGGCCGUGCCCAUCAUCACUCCACUUGUUGCAUUAGGUGAGCUCAAAGGACACUCUCUGGCUCACGUUGUUCGGACCGUUCUGAUGAUAACGCUGGGCCUGUACUCGCAGUACUGGCUGCUGAUCAACGUCUCAGGGUUCAACUCACCUCUCAGCGCUUUGCUCUGUAUGCUCGUCUGCAGAGCAAUGUUCUCUGUGCCGUACAUCCACGUCAACAUUUUCCAGCACAUUGGCCUCCCCAUGUUCUCCCCGACCUGCCGACCAAAGAGGAUCUACCAGAUGACCCAUGGAGUCCUGAACCUGCCGCGUAACCCCGUGCUGGACUGGAUUUUUGGACACUCGCUUAUCAACUGCCAUGUGGAACAUCAUCUCUUCCCCUUCCUGUCUGAUCACAUGUGUUUAAAGGUGAAGCCUGUUGUGUCCAAGUAUCUGACUGAAAAGCAGCUUCCAUAUCAGGAGGACAGCUACUUUUCCCGCCUGAACAUUUUCUUCCACAAAUACCAGGAGCUGAUGGUUUUUGCCCCUCCGAUCACAGAGCUGGUGGGAGUGCAGUGAUGACGUAGUGAAGGAGUAAAACUACUUCCCACUAACGCUGUUUAUAAGACUGCUGCUGCUCAAAAUCACCAGCUCCAGUGUUUAGUGAAUUUCUGCUGCUGUUACAACCUCCACAGUCCCGUUUCGAACAGGCUCAUACUGACAGAAUAGUUUUUAAAAUUAAUAACAUACUGACAUAUUAAA